AUGUCUGACAAGGACAGCGACAAUGAGCUCAAACUAGACCUGGUCGGGUGCAAGCUCCAUGACCUAGAAUUCUUCGAUGACGGCAAACAAGCACUCCCCGAUAAAUCAUACCGGGCGCAGGCAGCGCACCUGAUCACUUUUGGCGAGGUCAAAAAGAACCAGAGUAUCUACCAGGCUAUACUUCAAGCCUCCACCUAUGGUCAAGCUACUUUUGGUUCCCAGCCUAAUCGACGUGGUGUACGCUUCGUUGUCAUAUCAUUCAAUGAUACCAAAGUGCAAGGGGCCAUCGGGGAAAUAGAUAUGGCAGGCAUCUACCUCACACACAUCCACAAUCUCAAGGAUGACUACGAGUACACCCGCUUCUGGCGUCUUCUUGCAGGGAUGUACUGUUCUCCUAUCGACGAUGCUGGCUGCAACCGGCGCAUCCGCUUCUACUCCAAUGAAGCCGGAAACAUGGUGCUUGAAAAGUGGUCCUACCCUCAGGAAGUGUGGAGAUGCAGCAAUAAAACGCCUGUGUAA